AUGUCGGAGCUUGCUUCAGCAACUGGCGGCAAGAAACACUACCCUAACGGCCUCGACAUGGGCGAGGGCAACCUGCGUUUCCCCCAAAUCAUCACUGUUUCGACGGACGCAGGCCGCGCCUGGUUCGCUCGCGGCUGGAUGCACAUGCUCAACUACAACCACGAGGAGGCCGCAGAGUGCUUCAAGACAUGCACUGAGGUUGACCCCAGGUGUGCCAUGGCCUUCUGGGGUAUCGGCAAUACCCCGGAACUGAAUCUCAGCUUUUCAGAUGCGAUGGCGAGGUUGUACGACAAGUAUGCCGACGACCUGGACGUGGCUGCGUUGUACAGCGAGUCUCUGAUGGCCCUCAACCCGUGGGCGAUGUGGGUCAGGAAGGAUGUUGAAGCCACCGGCGAGGCCGAGAUUGUGCCCGUGAAUGGAAGCACUCUGAUUGUGAAGGACGUUCUCGAGCGGGCAAUGGAAUUGCCGGGGGGCAUGGAACAUCCCGGCAUCCUGCACCUUUACUGCCAUCUCAUGGAGCUCUCCGACGAUCCGAUUGCGGCGAUGCCGGCUGCGGAUACCCUCCGGAACAACUUUCGGCACGCAGGCCACCUCACCCACAUGGCCUCUCAUAUCGACAUCUGGGCCGGACACUACAAGGCGCAGGCCGCGUUGGAUACCAACUUUACCGCCAUCGCCGCCGACGAGGCCACAGUGGAACACACAGGCGUCGAGACCAGCUUUUACAAGGGCUACCGCAUCCACAACGUCCAUAUGGCCGUUUGGGCGGCCAUGUUCACAGGCCAGCAAGACGUCGCCAUGGAAAUGGCAAGGAAGCUAUCGGCCAUGCUUUCGCCAGGAGAUGAGAACAGUGGAAUCCAGUUCAUGCUCCAAGGUCUCAUCCCGAUGGCCAUUUUCUGGGAGCCUUACACCCUCGUCAAGUGGCAUGCCAUGAUCAGGUUCGGGCUGUGGGACGAGAUCAUCGCUGAGCCGCGAGACGAGGACCCAGCCCUGUACCCUACAAGCUUGACAACUGCCCACUACGCCCGUGGUAUCGCGUUUGCCUCAAAGGGACUGGUGGCUGAGGCCGAAAAAGAGCAGGCGAAGUACCUCGAAGGCAUGAAGAACCCUGCGCUCGGCGGACGCAUGAUUCACAACAAUUUGAUCGUGUCUGAUGAGGCGCCCUGCCUUUUCAAGGUCGGAGAGGCCAUGCUCGCGGGGGAGAUCGAGUACCGCAAGGGGAACUUCGAAACGGCGUUUGAGCACCUCCGUGAGGCAGUCAGGUUGGACACAAGCUUGUUGUACGAUGAGCCAUGGGGUUGGAUGGUCCCCAGCCGGCACGCCCUCGGUGCUCUCCUCCUUGAACAGGACCACAUCCAGGAGGCAACAGAAGUGUUCAGGGCGGACCUUAAGAUGUACCCGAGCAACAUGUGGGGACUCCUCGGACUAUCUCAGUGUCUCGACAAGGCGGGCGAUCCGGAGGCUGUCGAGGCCAAGAGGCGCUACGAUGAAGCGUCGUCCACAGCCGAAUCCAAGCCAGCAGCAACCUGCUUCUGCGCGAAAGUUGCCGGAGCUACCUCGCCCACACCCUGCCCGGUUUAAACGCGCCAUGUUGACUCAUGGCAGAGACCGUUCAAAUUGUUUGCGAUUGGAAGCAUGCGACAUACAACCAGGCUUCCGCAAAGCGUCCACAACAAUUGUCGCCUAUCAUCUAUCGCCGCACGGCGUGUAACGUAUAAAUCUGGACACAAGUUCCGUUUGUGA